CGCGACAUGUCUUGGAUCGUCUACAUCGGCAUGGAGUUGCUCAUCGCCGUCUCGUCGGUGGUCGGCAACGUGAUGGUGGUGUGGGCCGUGCGCAUUAACCGCUCGCUACGGGACACCACGUUUUGUUUCAUCGUCUCGCUAGCUUUGGCUGACAUUGCGGUCGGGGCUCUCGUUAUCCCCCUCGCCAUCACCAUCAGUAUCGGACUGGAGACUCACUUCUAUAGCUGUCUGCUGGUCGCCUGCACGGUGCUCGUCCUCACGCAAAGUUCCAUCCUGGCCCUGCUGGCCAUCGCCAUCGAUCGUUAUCUGAGGGUCAAAAUACCUAUGAGCUACAAGCGAGUGGUCACCCCUCAGCGAGCUCGUUUGGCAGUGUUGCUGUGUUGGCUGGUGUCCAUCCUUGUGGGCCUCACACCUAUGUUCGGAUGGAACAACUUACGACACCUCCGUGACAACGGCUCCCUCGUCAGCGACGACCUCGUGGUGAAGUGCCGGUUCGAGACGGUCAUCAGCAUGGACUACAUGGUCUACUUCAACUUCUUCGGCUGGGUGCUGCCCCCUCUUCUCCUCAUGCUGCUCAUCUACGUGGAGAUUUUCUAUAUGAUUCAUAAACAGCUGAACAAGAAGGUGACGGUGAGCCACGCAGACCCCAGUCUAUACUUCGGCAAAGAACUAAAGCUAGCCAAGUCCUUGGCUCUCGUUCUUCUACUCUUCGCCGUUAGCUGGCUUCCGCUUCACAUCCUCAACUGCAUCACCCUCUUUUGCCCCAAGUGUGACAAACCGGCAUCCCUGGUCUUCAUCGCCAUCCUCCUAACCCACGGCAACUCUGCCGUCAAUCCCAUCGUGUACGCUUUCCGCAUUAAGAAAUUCCGCACGGCCUUCUGGAAAAUUUGCCAUCAGUACGUCCUUUGUCGAGAUCCCGUUGGUCAGCUUCCACAGGAAGGGAGUCGGAGAAUACAGAACACUUCCAGGAGGCUGAGGAACGAGGAUUACGACGACGAUGACGAUGUGUGA